AUGCGUGAAACAGAACGCAGCAGGGCACGUUCAGAUUUCCACUUAAGUACCACCCAGCUGCCGCCGAUCUCCGUAUCACCGCUCGGCUCCGCCGAAGGCCACAGCACUCCUCCCCGCAGGAAAACUGCGCCACGGAGGAUCGCUACCACUAGACGAUGGAAGGCCAAGACCAAGCGAUUGGCGAGCGCCUCAGUAGGCCACGGGGUUGAGGAUGCCCCGGCCGUGUGGAAGUUGGCACCCUUCGACCUGCCUACAGGAGUACGGACCAGAUCGCCGACGUGGGCACUACGGGAGAACGACCCACGGCUAAGCAGAUCGGUUUCUCCACGCUGGGCCUCUCCGGAGUGGUCUCUUGAAGGCAUCGUUGGAUCUUUCCAAGUGCCUGACAAGAUCCCGCCUCUACCAUUUGAGGAGACCACGCCGCGGACUAAGAACCAGGCCACGCAAACGGAGUUGGACACCAAGGAAGAUAAUCUAAUUGAUGCAGAAAGAAAAGCUCAAAAAGCACAGGAAACAUCCCAAUUAAGCAGUGAUUCUGAGCACUCGGAUUCUGAUAUGUGUCUUCUAUCAAAACGAAAGAAGAAAUUACCUGCUCGAUAUCGAAUAAAUUCUGACGAUGAAGAUACAGAGAAGCAGCCCAAAAAGCAACGUGCAGAUUUGGCCAAUCUAAAUAAUCAAAUAAAACGUCCUAUUGUUCCAGCUUUUCCUCAAGUUCAAGAUACUUUUAUUGAUGUUGAAGAAACAUCUCAAUUAGGCAGUAUUUCUGAGAAUUCGAAUUUUGAAACAAGUUUAUUAUCAAAACCAAAAAAUAAAUUACCUGCUCGACGCCGAAUAAAUUCUGACAAUGAAAUAACAGAGAAGCAGUCAAAAAGGCAACGUGUAGAUUUGGUCAAUUUAAAUAACCAAACAAAAUGUCCUAUUGUUUCAUCUUUUAGUCAAGUUGAAGAUUCUACAGUACAAGCAGUUGAAGAAAAUUUACAAAUUAACUCUCAGAUUGUAAACUGUCCUGUUACUACAGAAACUGUUUCUAGUGAACAAAUUUCUACUGAAGUUGUAGAAAUCGUUACACGCACAAAUGAAGAAGUCAACAGAAAUACAAAAAAAUCAAAUAAUCAAACUAUUAAAGAAAUCCUUACAAUGAUUUUUAAAUUAAUUGAAGAGGUCAAAUUUGAAGUAAUUGAAUCAAAAAAGGAACAACAACAAAUUAAAAUACGUUUAGAUUCUUUAGUAAUAGCUAACAGCACAGUAGCUUCUAAUAAAUUCAGUCAAUUACUUCCAAUUUCUUCUAUGGAAACUUUUGAUGAAAUUCAGUAUUCUUUAACAAAUUGUGACGAAGAUUGGAUAGCUUUCUUAAAAUAUCUUAAUCUUGCUAGUGGACAAACAGUAAAAGAACUAGUACCAUCAGUAAUGAAAUUACUGAUGAAGAAGGCUGUUUCAAUACAAUUCAGUGGUUGUGGAAGAAGAAACAAACGUAAUUUUUCUGCAACAAAAAUUGCUGCUGCAGUAAAUG